GAUCGAUAUCAAAGCUCGAGGAAGACCUCAGUUAAUCUGCAAAGACACAAUCACACAACCACACACGUCAGUCAGUUACAAUAGUGUGUCCGGCGACCUGGGGUGGUACGGUCAUCAUGGCAACACAGAAGCUAGCCAUCUCCAUGGCCAUUUCGGCUGCGGUCCUGGUCGCCGCGCUCGCCCAGAACUCCCCGGAGGACUACGUCGGGCUCCACAACGCGGCGCGCAGUGCGGCCGGCGCGCGACCGGUGGCGUGGGACGACGAGAUGGCGCGGGAAGCAGGGAAGCGCACUGAGCGCGGCUGUGGGCUACGUAGCCCGGACGGCGCCGGCUACGUCAACGUACCCGGCCACCACAGGUAUGGCGAGAAUCUCUUCCAGUUCCAUGGCUCGCCGGAAAAGGCAUGGAACGCGGGAGAUGCUUUGGAUGCGUGGACGGCGCCGGCGGCGAGGGAGUACGUUCAGGUCGUGUGGCCGGACUCCACCAAGAUCGGCUGCGCACGUGCCAUCUGCGACCACGGUCGCGGCGUCUUCAUAAGUUGCAACUACGAGCCUGCUGUGAAUGAGAACUUCGGAAGGGCGGCACUUCCUUACAUGUGUAGGUUCAACAUUAGUCGUUGCUUCAAUUGUACCAUAUGCUAGACAUUGUUGAAUGCGUAUUUGAUCACUACUAGCCAAUGUACCUUGAGACCUAGAAUUUUCUUGUGGUGGCCUAUUUUCACCAUCAACCCUCUCACAGAGAUUUGUGCUGCAAGAAUGGCUAAAGAUUUGUCGCUUCAGUUCAUGCAAAAAGUUA